CUUGAAUAUUAUUAAUGUAAUUUGCUUUAUUUUGUGUUCGUAAUUAGAGGAUAAGGCAUUUGUAUCUGAUUCGCGCGGUACUAUUCUUUAUUUCACCGUUUUAGUGCUGCAGGAUGUGGUUUUUAUGACAUUAUUUCAGUAUAAAAUACAGAAUCAUAUGAGAUGACUGCAGUGACAUCGGGAUUUUCGCGGGCACCAGGUUUUGUUGACGAUGGCAAUCAGUCCGAUGAAGAUUAUGUGCCACUCUACGAUGAUGGCGACGAACCAGAUCAAAGAACGGUACAGGAGACGAAAGGAUGGAACUUGUUCCGAGAGCUUCCCGUCAAGAAAGAGAGUGGUUCUAUGGCGUCUUCGGAAUGGGUCGACUUCAGUGUGAAAGUCCUCAAACUGCUUGCGUACUUAGUGAUAUUUGCUGUAGUACUUGGCUGUGCAGUUAUCGCUAAAGGCACUUUGCUUUUUAUUACGUCGCAAUUGAAGAAGGGCCGCGCUGUUUUACACUGUAACCGAGCUUUAGCUUUAGAUCAACAAUUUAUGACAACGCUUACUUUAGAAGAGCGACUAACAUGGCUCUGGGCAGCAAUCAUAGUGUUCGCCGCGCCAGAAAUCGGAGUAUUUCUUAGAUCUGUUAGAAUAUGUUUUUUCAAGACUGCUAAAAAACCUACAAUCACUCAAUUUUUUAUCCCUUUCAUCGUGGACACGUUACACACAAUAGGAGUUGCAGUGUUGAUUCUCAUAGUUUUGCCAGAACUGGAUGUCGUGAAAGGUGCUAUGAUAAUGAAUGCUCUGUGCAUAAUUCCCGGAUUCCUGAAUGCUGUAACAAGAGACAGAACAGAUGCUCGGUACUCCAUGAAGCUGGUCUUGGACGUGCUGUCCAUUUCUGCUCAAGCGACAGCGUUCGUCUUGUGGCCCAUGCAAAGCGGGAAACCGAUAAUGUGGUGUCUGCCCAUCGCAUGUAUAUUUAUAUCUCUCGGUUGGUGGGAGAACUUUAUUGGAGUGCCGGACAAACAUUCACCAGGGAUCUACAUUUACUUGUGUGACCUCCGCGAAGGGCUGAAGAAAUGUCGCUACUAUAAUGAGAGGUUCCUCACACUGUGGAAGAUAAUUGUUUUCGCGGGAUGUAUAAUGUUAUCGCUGCAUCUUCAGGAAGACAACCCCUUUUCCUUCUUUACAUCUGUUACGACUGCGUUUAGUGAACGUAAUUACACUGCCCAUGAGUUCCACGUGUUUCAAGAUUUGCACAAUAUUGAAGACGUAAAUUUCCAAUCAACAGACACAAUAUUUGUUCUUCCAUCCUCAUGGGAUUCAUCGCUUUGGGUGUCUCUGAUUCAAAUUUUGGCUGCUUAUGUUUGCUAUAUAAGUGCCAAAUUCGCGUGCAAGAUCCUUAUACAGAGUUUCAGUUUUGCCUUCUCUCUCAGUCUGGUCGCCCCCCUGACUGUAAACUUGCUUAUAAUAUUCUGUGGCAUAAAAAAUAAGGAUCCUUGCGCUUUCUAUGGAACUAUACCAGAUUAUUUAUUCUUCGAAAUUCCUCCAGUAUACACACUUCGAGAUUUCGUCGGUCCCGACAUGGCGUGGGUGUGGAUUCUAUGGCUAAUGUCUCAAGCCUGGAUUUGCUUCCACGCGUGGCAGCCCAGGUGCGAGCGGCUAGCGGCUACUGACAGACUGUUUUGUAAGCCGUGGUACAACGGGCCUCUCAUAGACCAGUCUCUGCUCAUGAACAGGAUGCAUGAUGUGGAAACCGAUAUAUCUUAUUCUGAACUAAAGGAAAAAAAGGAAAAUCCUUCUGAAACGAGUGAAGAUGGGGAUAAGGAUGUUCGACCUACUGACAGCAUAUCAAGGAUAUACAUAUGCGCGACGAUGUGGCAUGAAACGAAAGAUGAAAUGAUUGAGUUUUUAAAGUCCAUCUGCCGAUUAGACGAAGACCAAUGUUCACAAAGAGUCGCGCGAAAGUACUGGGGCAUCGUCAACAGCGAUUAUUAUGAAUUAGAAGCACAUAUUUUCAUGGAUGACGCAUUUGAAAUAUCCGAUCAUAGUUCUGAGGAGUCCCAAGUGAAUUCGUUCGUGAAAUGCCUCGUGAAUACGAUAGACGAGGCGGCGUCCGAAGUCCACGUUACAAAUGUGAGAUUGAGGCCUCCUAAGAAGUACCCUACGCCUUACGGAGGGCAACUAAUUUGGACGCUGCCUGGAAAGAACAAACUGAUUUGCCAUCUGAAAGACAAAGCUAAAAUAAGACAUAGGAAGCGAUGGUCACAGGUGAUGUACAUGUACUACCUGCUCGGCCACAGACUGAUGGACUUGCCGAUUUCGAUCGACCGCAAGGAGGUGAUUGCGGAGAACACGUACCUCCUCGCUUUGGACGGCGACAUCGACUUCCAGCCCUGUGCUGUAACUCUGCUCGUUGAUUUGAUGAAAAAGGACAGAAAUUUGGGUGCAGCUUGCGGACGCAUACACCCGGUAGGCUCGGGCUUCAUGGCUUGGUAUCAAAUGUUCGAGUACGCCAUCGGCCAUUGGCUGCAAAAGGCGACCGAACACAUGAUCGGCUGCGUGCUCUGUAGUCCCGGGUGCUUCUCCCUCUUCAGGGGGAAGGCGCUCAUGGACGACAACGUGAUGCGGAAAUAUACACUGACUUCGCACGAGGCUCGGCACUAUGUACAAUACGAUCAAGGCGAAGACCGUUGGCUUUGCACUCUACUUCUACAACGUGGGUAUAAAGUGGAGUAUUCUGCGGCAUCCGACGCUUACACCCAUUGCCCUGAGAGAUUCGACGAGUUCUACAACCAGCGUCGUCGCUGGGUACCGUCGACUAUGGCCAAUAUCCUGGACUUGCUCGUGGAUUACAAACACACUGUCAAAGUCAAUGACAACAUAUCUACCCUGUAUAUAAUGUAUCAGGUAUUUCUGAUGAUAGGCACAGUGCUCGGUCCCGGGACAAUCUUCCUGAUGAUGGUGGGCGCUAUGAACGCCAUCACCGGCAUGAGUAAUAUAAACGCUCUCAUUCUGAAUCUUGUGCCCAUCGCCAUUUACGUCACUGUGUGUAUGACUUGCAAAUCCGAAAUACAGAUUAUGCUGGCUAACUUUAUAACCUGCGCAUACGCCAUGGUAAUGAUGAUAGUCAUCGUGGGCAUAGCUCUUCAGAUAACAGAGGACGGUUGGCUAGCGCCAUCUAGUAUAUUCACGGUGGUAACUUUUAGCUCGUUCUUCCUCACUGCGGCCAUGCAUCCGCAAGAGAUUGUGUGCCUCCUAUACUUGGGAGUCUACUACAUAACCAUCCCGAGCAUGUACAUGUUGCUGAUUAUAUACUCGCUGUGUAAUUUGAACAAUGUUACUUGGGGGACGAGGGAGAUCGCCCAGAAAAAGUCUGCUAAGGAUUUAGAAUUAGAGAAUAAAGAAGCGGAAGAGGCGAAGAAGAAGAUGGACAGUAACGCAGUUAUGAAAUGGCUGGGGAGAUCUGAAGAAGAAAGCGGGUCGAUGGAGUGCGGAGUGGCGGGGCUGUUCCGCUGCAUGUGCUGCACGAACCCCAAGGACCAUAAGGACGAUUUGCAUUUGCUGCAAAUAUCCCAUGCCAUUGACAAGAUUGAGAAGAAGUUAGAUACUCUUGGAGCAACAGUUGAGCAUACGGAAGCCCCUCGUCGGCGCUCGUCGAUAGGCUUCCGCCGCGAGUCCACGGCUCGCAGAGAAUCUAUCGGCAUGCGGCGAGACUCCCUCAACGCCCUACAAGAGUAUGCUGAUAGCGACGACUCUACUGAUAUCCCGAAGGAAGAAAGAGACGAUCUCGUCAACCCAUAUUGGAUUGAAGAUCCUGGACUCCAAAAGGGAGAAGUUGAUUUUCUGUUGACACAUGAAAUUGAAUUCUGGAAGGAUUUGAUUGAUACCUACUUGAGGCCUUUAGAUGAAAACAAAGAGGACAAGGAACGCAUCAAAACGGACCUGAGAAACCUUCGCAACACUAUGGUGUUCGCGUUCCUGAUGCUGAAUUCUCUCUUCAUCCUCACGAUCUUCCUGCUGCAGCUCAACCAGGACCAGCUGCACAUCCGCUGGCCGCUCGGGGAAUCCAUCGUCAUCACGUACGAUGACGAUAUGAAUAUUGUGACCCUGAACCGGGAGUACCUAAUGCUGGAGCCAAUCGGGUCGUUGUUCCUCAUCUUCUUUGGGUCCGUCAUGGUGAUCCAGUUCACCGCCAUGUUGUUCCACCGCCUCGGCACGCUCACACAUUUGCUGGCUACCGUGCAGCUCAACUGGUUCUUCACCAAGAAGCCUGAAGAUACCACUGACCAUGCAAAGAUAGAGAGAGAAGCGGUUAACAUGGCGAAAAACAUGCAGAGGGCGGACAUGAGUGAUCUGGACGGUCGGAUAGACGACGACAGGGACGUCUCCCGAAGGAAGACUCUUCACGCUCUGGACAAGGCGCGGGUGACCAAGACCAAUAUCUUCAACUUGGACGAAAACUUCAAGAGGCGAAUGACUAUUUUGGAAAACGCUGAUCCUAAAGUGUUGGCGCACAUGCCGUGGCUGGGCGGCGACGCGUCGGCGCGGCGCGCGACGCUGCGCGCGCUGCAGACGCGGCGCGACUCUGUGCUGGCCGAGCGGCGCCGCUCCACGCUGCGGCAGCCGCCUGGGGCCUCCGGCAUCCGUCCGCGGCGGGACACGAGCGCGAGCGUGUACGUAAACAAUGCGUACGAGCCCGCAGUCGACAGCGACGACGACGACGCGCCGAGGCACAGCAUCGUGCGUUUUAGAGAAAAUUACGCGUAAUAAAUGAAUUGAAUUUAAAUUGAAUUAAAACUGUGAAUGUUAAACCUAUUUGAACUUAUUCAUUUUAUCAGACAGUAAUAAGUUAGUAUUAUCACUCUCUCUCUCUCUCUCUCUCUCUCAUUUGAGGGUUUGCCUGGUAAUCUGGGCUCCGACGCUCAACGGCUCAGGAAGUCGUAGAGCGUUGGUGCUUAGGGUCCGCUAAAGCAAGUAAGUUAGUAUUACUUAUAUUAGUAAAAUCGAUUUUAUGAAAUAAAUAUAUGACGUGAUUAUC